CAAACGGCGGAUGACGCUGGUGCUGCGGGAGGGCCCAGAGGCCUUGGGGGCCCUGGAAUGGGAGGCCGAGGUGGCUUCCUCAGAGGCUUCAGCCUAGGGGUCCUGGGCCGGGGCCAAGGCCAUGGAGCUCACAGAGGCAAGGCCGAGGACGAGGAGAGGCUCCCUGUCACCAAGCUGGGCCGCCUGGUCAAGGACAUGAAGAUCAAGUCCCUGGAGCAGAUCUAUCUCUUCUCUCUACCCAUCAAGGAAUCUGAGAUCACUGACUUUUUCUUGGGGGCAUCCCUCAAGGAUGAGGUUUUGAAGAUUAUGCCUGUGCAAAAGCAGACCUGUGCUGGCCAUCGGACCAAGUUCAAGGCAUUUGUUGCCACUGGGGAUUACAACGGACAAUGUGGUUUGGGUGUCAAGUGCUCUAAGGAGGUAGCCACUGCCAUCCGUGGGGCCAUCAUUCAAGCCAAGCUCUCCAUCAUCCCAGUGCAGCAAGGCUACUGGGGGAACAAGAUUGGCAAGCCCCAUACCAUCCCUUGCAAGGUGAAUGUCCGCUGUGGCUCUGUGCUGGUGUGCCUCAUCCCUGCCCCCAGGGGCACGGGCAUUGUCUUAGCCCCUGUGCCCAAGAAGCUACUGAUAAUGGCUGGAAUUGACAACUGCUACAUCUCUGCCAGGGGCUGCACCACCACCCUGGGCAAUUUCGCCAAGGCCACUUUUGAUGCCAUUUCCAAGACCUACAGUUAUCUCACUCCUGAUCUCUGGAAAGAGACAGUGUUCACCAAGUCUCUGUAUCAUGAAUUCACUGACCAUCUUGUAAAGACCCCCACCAGAGUUUCCAUGCAGAGGACGCAGGUGCCAGCUGUAGCCACCACAUAAUUUUAUAUGAGAAAAAUAAAGUGAAUGAAGCUGGUUAAAAAAAAAAA